AUGGCCAGCGCCAAGACCCAUGUACCUGGACCCCGACGAUACACGGACGAGGCUGCUGCACAUUCCCGCAAGUGCAUUUUCAAUACAGGAGAGCAACACGCUUUCUGCUGCGAGUCUGUUGCCACUGCCCUAAGGUGCAUCCAAGAGCGUUUUCCCUGCCCCAUGCCAUGGAAGGAUGGUGCAUUAGGUAAAGGUGACAUUGUGGACAUCUACCAGCGGGAGUUUCUCGCCCUCCGAGACCGACUCCACGCAGCUGAACAGGAGAGCCUGAAGCGCUCGAAGGAGCUCAACCUGGUCCUGGAGGAGAUCAAGAGAGCAAUCUCGGAGAAGCAGGCCCUGCGGGAUAUAAACCGGACCUGGAGCAGCUUAUCUGACGAAACCAAGUUAAAACUGUGGAAUAUCACCAACAAGAAUGUGCUGCACCUUCCCACCAUCUUCCAUCAUUUGCCACAUUUGCUGUCAAAGGAGAACAGUCUGCAGCCAGCCGUGCAUGUGGGACAGGGGCGCACUGGAGUGUCUGUUGUGAUGGGAAUCCCCAGCGUGAAGCGGGAGGUGCAUUCCUACCUCACCGACACCCUCAACUCCCUCAUCUCAGAGCUCACUCAGCAGGAGAAGGAGGACUCCGUCAUCGUCGUCCUCAUCGCUGAGACGGAUCCACAGUACACAGCCGGAGUGGCAGAAAAUAUCAAAAACUUAUUCCCAAAGGAAAUACACUCAGGUCUCCUGGAGGUAAUUUCCCCGUCUCCGCAUUUCUAUCCUGAUUUCUCCCGCCUCCGGGAAUCCUUCGGGGACCCCAAGGAAAGAGUCAGGUGGAGGACAAAGCAGAACCUCGACUACUGCUUUUUAAUGAUGUAUGCCCAGUCCAAAGGCAUAUAUUACGUGCAGCUGGAGGAUGAUAUUGUGGCCAAACCAAACUAUCUCAGCACGAUGAAGAACUUUGCCUUGCAGCAGCCCUCCGAAGAGUGGAUGAUCCUGGAGUUUUCUCAGCUGGGGUUUAUAGGAAAAAUGUUCAAGUCUCUGGAUCUGAGCUUAAUCGUGGAGUUCAUCCUGAUGUUCUAUAAGGACAAACCCAUUGACUGGCUGCUGGAUCACAUCCUUUGGGUGAAAGUCUGCAACCCUGAGAAAGAUGCAAAACACUGUGACAGGCAGAAGGCAAACCUGAGGAUCCGCUUCAAGCCCUCGCUCUUCCAGCACGUGGGAACCCACUCCUCCUUGGCUGGGAAGAUACAGAAGCUGAAGGACAAGGACUUUGGCAAGCAGGCCCUGCGGAAAGAGCACGUCAACCCUCCUGCGGAGGUGAGCACCAGCCUGAAAACCUACCAGCAUUUCACCUUGGAGAAGGCUUACCUGCGGGAGGACUUCUUCUGGGCCUUCACUCCCACCGCUGGAGACUUUAUCAGAUUCAGAUUCUUCAAACCGCUCCGCAUCGAAAGGUUCUUCUUCCGCAGCGGGAACAUCGAGCACCCAGAAGACAAACUCUUCAAUACGACUGUGGAGGUUUUGCCGUUUGACAGCCUGCAGUCGGAUAAGGAAGCCUUGCAGGAGGGAAGAGGCGCAGCCGUCAAAUACCGCAGGAUGCCGGACGGCUACAUCCAGAUAGGCUCCUUCUCCAAGGGUGUUGCAGAGGGCGAGGUGGACCCGUCCUUCGGGCCGCUGGAGGCCAUCAGGCUGUCCAUCCAGACCGACUCCCCAGUGUGGAUCAUCUUGAGCGAGAUUUUUAUCAAAAAAGCAGAGUGA